UCUAGUUGAGCAAGGCAUCAUCCCCAAGAACACGGCUGUGGUGCUUGACUUCUGUAGCCAGCCUCGAAUUGGAGCUGAAGUGCGGUUGGACCUGCUCUCAAAGGGGCUCUUUUGCAACGGCCCCACGAGUUAAUUAAUAAACUCGUAUGUUUCGUAGUAUCUGAAGCGUAGUGAAGGCGAAAGCGAUUAAGAGGUGUUAAAUCGUAGUCUGUGAUGCGAUGCUACUUAGCUGUCGGAUGUGAUUUUCGGUAUUAUCUCUGAGCUUUCGGUCCGCUGUUUACCAACAAGCAGCGAGCAGAUGCUGCAGAGUAUUCAGUGUUAAAAAUAAGUUUUGUGGGCUGUUCCGUGUUCGCGAAAAGUUAGUAAUUGGCUGAAUAUUUGUUAGUUUUAGUGGUUUAAGUGCUUUAACGUAUCACCAGCAGAGUGGAAAUUAGUUCUGCAAAUAUAAAUCUGGAUUCAUUGUACACGAAGGCGAGACUAGCGAUACCUAAAUUGAACGACAAAAUGGCAUGUUUUAAACAGAUUUACAGCAAGGGACCGACGUUGGCUCAGCUGGCUAUAGCGUGGCUCGCAAUUAGUUCACACGUGGAGUGCGCCGUUGCAAGUCCGCACUACCGAAACAAUAUUUACGUGAUAUACGCUACCGCAGCCGCCGAACCAGAGUCUGAAACCAAUAUGCCCGACAGACCAUCUUUCGAUGAAUACAAAGUGAGCAGGAGUAUGUUCUUUCAGGACGAAAAUUCCCGCGCGUUAGGAUCGAAACUGAAACUGAACGAACGUGAGUUGCUGGCUAAUGAAAUUUUCCAGCUGGUAAAGAAACGUGAUAUGGACAAUGGUUUCGCCGACCCAAGGAAGUUUGCUCCGGCCAAGCAUAUCUUUAAAGCCUUAGAUGAGAUCAAAAAGUCAGAUAUGUUUUACCUGCUAAAGGCCAUGCCAAAAGGAGGAGUGUUACAUGCGCACGAUACUGCCCUGACUAGCACGGACUAUGUGGUUUCCCUCACUUACCUUCCAAACUUGUGGAUAUGUUCAAGUCCAGAUUCAAACGAUGUUGCUUUCAAGUUUGCCCGGACACAACCAGAGCCAACUGAUGGUCUCGAAUGGACGCUUGUCGCCGACCAGCGAGCAAAAAGAGGAGCAGAUGACUAUGACGCUGAGAUUAGGAAACUUUUCACCUUAUACACUCCUAAUCCGGAAAUAGAGUACAAGGACAUCAAUCAUGUUUGGGAAUGCUUCAUCGGAAUUUUCAUUAAGAUAACACCGUUGCUCACUUACGUUCCAGUCUGGAAAGCAUACUAUAAACAGGCUUUGAAGGAGUUCUAUGAAGAUGGCGUUCAGUAUUUGGAGUUUAGAGGCACGUUACCAGAUUUAUACGAUUUAGACGGGAAAAUUUACAAGAAUGCAGAAGUUGUGGAAGUGUACGUUGAAGCUCUUGAAGAAUUUCGUGCUGAAAAUCCUGGAUUCAUUGGCUCGAAAUUCGUUUAUGCUCCAACUCGUAAAGUGGAUGAUGCAACAUUCGCUGAAUAUAUGAGGAUCGUGGUAGAUUUGAAGGCCAAAUAUCCAAACUUCGUUGUGGGUUUCGAUAUCGUCUCCCAGGAGGAUGCAGGACGACCGCUUAUCGAUUUCGCCGAACCACUUCUCAAUCUACCUAACGACAUCAACUUUUACUUCCACGCUGGUGAGACGAACUGGAAUGGAAUGAGCACCGACGAGAAUCUUAUCGAUGCCGUUUUGUUAGGGACAAAAAGGAUUGGUCAUGGUUACGCCAUUCUAAAGCAUCCAAAAGUCCUUGAGGCUAUUAGGAAGAAAAGCAUUGCCAUUGAAUUGAAUCCAAUUUCCAAUCAGGUGCUGAAACUUGUGGACGACAACAGGAACCAUCCAGGAGGUUACUUGUUUGCCGACGACUACCCCGUUGUAGUGUCGUCCGAUGAUCCCUCAUUUUGGGAGGCAACACCUUUGACCCAUGACUUUUACAUUGCGUUUUUGGGCAUUGCUUCAGCACAUGCUGAUCUGAGGACGCUUAAGCAACUCGCCAUUAACUCUUUGGAGUAUAGUUCAUUGAAUUUCGCCGAGAAGAGGGCAGCAAUGAAAAAGUGGGAAGAGAAGUGGAAUCUGUACAUUGAAUGGGUGAUAUCACAGAAAAGCAAAUAUAAUCUUUGAAAGUGGA